AUGUCCGCACCCGCACGCACGCGCCCCAUCCAGAAGCUCGCCGCCGCCAGCGCCAAGUGCUCCGCCGAGAGCGCUGUGUACGGCAAAUGCAUCCUUGCCGACUACAACAACGUGCACAAAGACAUGUGUCUGCAGGAGUUUCUGCGGCUCAAGGACUGUUAUCUGGCGGCUGUUAAAAAGGUGUAA